CAAUGGAUCUCGCGAGAAGCACGGACGCGGCUCUCCCGCGCCUAAUUCAGCUUUCUGGUUGCAGUGUUCUUGUCCGGGUGACUCCUGCGCUUUUUUCCGUGCUGGAGAUGACCUGUGGUCUCGCUGGUGGGCUCUGACGAGUCCGGACUGGGAAUUUAGAAUCGGGUGGCUUUUCUGACAUACCUGACUGAACACAGGACCCCAGGGUACUUGGAGAGGAGCCUGGCCUCAGAGGAGCUCUACCAUACAAAUGAGUCCCACAGAUCCACUUGACGAUGAAGACACAUUUAAAAUCCUGGUUGCUACUGAUAUUCAUCUUGGAUUUAUGGAGAAAGAUGCAGUGAGAGGAAAUGAUACAUUUGUGACCCUUGAUGAGAUUUUACGACUUGCCCUGGAAAAUGAAGUGGAUUUUAUUUUGUUAGGUGGUGAUCUUUUCCAUGAAAACAAGCCCUCGAGGAAAACCCUGCACAGCUGCUUGGAGUUGCUUAGGAAGUACUGUAUGGGUGAUCGUCCCGUGCAGUUUGAGAUCAUCAGUGACCAGUCAGUCAACUUUGGUUUUAGUAGGUUUCCAUGGGUGAACUACCAGGAUGGCAAUCUCAACAUUUCCAUUCCAGUGUUUAGUAUCCAUGGCAACCAUGAUGAUCCCACAGGGGCAGAUGCCCUCUGUGCCCUGGAUAUUUUAAGCUGUGCUGGGUUUGUGAAUCACUUUGGACGAUCUAUGUCUGUGGAGAAGAUUGACAUUAGUCCAAUUCUGCUGCAGAAAGGAAGCACAAAACUCGCUCUGUAUGGCUUAGGGUCCAUUCCAGAUGAAAGGCUCUAUCGGAUGUUUGUCAAUAAAAAAGUAACAAUGCUGAGACCCAAGGAAGAUGAGAACUCAUGGUUUAACUUAUUUGUGAUUCAUCAGAACAGGAGUAAACAUGGAAAUACCAACUUCAUCCCAGAACAGUUUUUGGAUGACUUCAUUGACCUCGUUGUCUGGGGCCAUGAGCACGAGUGUAAAAUUGCCCCAACGAAAAAUGAGCAGCAGCUCUUCUAUGUGUCUCAGCCGGGAAGCUCAGUGGUGACUUCCCUUUCCCCCGGCGAAGCUGUGAAGAAACACGUGGGUUUGCUGCGCAUUAAAGGCAGGAAGAUGAACAUGCAGAAGCUGCCUCUCCGCACAGUGCGCCAGUUCUUCAUGGAGGACGUGGUUCUGGCAAACCACCCGAGUCUCUUCAACCCCGACAAUCCUAAGGUGACCCAGACCAUCCAGAGCUUCUGCUUGGAGAAGAUUGAAGGAAUGCUUGAAAAUGCUGAGCGCGAACGGCUGGGCAAUUCUCUACAGCCAGAGAAGCCUCUUAUUCGACUACGGGUGGACUACAGUGGAGGCUUUGAACCUUUCAGUGUUCUUCGCUUUAGCCAGAAGUUUGUGGAUCGGGUUGCUAACCCCAAAGAUGUCAUCCACUUUUUCAGGCACAGGGAACAAAAGGGAAAAACAGGUGAAGAGAUCAACUUUGGGAAACUUGUCACUAAACCUGCUUCGGAAGGGACGACACUCAGAGUAGAGGACCUGGUGAAGCAGUAUUUCCAGACUGCAGAGAAGAAUGUUCAGCUCUCACUGCUGACAGAAAGAGGGAUGGGUGAAGCAGUUCAAGAGUUUGUGGACAAGGAGGAGAAAGAUGCCAUCGAGGAAUUAGUGAAGUACCAGCUGGAGAAAACGCAGCGGUUUCUCAAGGAACGCCAUAUCGAUGCUCUGGAAGACAAGAUCGAUGAAGAGGUCCGGCGUUUCAGAGAAAGCAGACAGAGAAAUACCAACGAAGAAGAUGAUGAAGUUCGAGAGGCCAUGAGCAGGGCCCGGGCCCUCAGAUCACAGUCAGAGAACUCCGCCACCUCAGCCUUCAGUGCUGAUGACCUGAGUUGUGAUGUAAUGGAACCGGCGGCAAAUGACUCUGAUGACAGCCUGUCAGCAGUGCCUAGCAGAGGCCGGGGCCGAGGCCGAGGCCGAGGGCGAAGAGGAGGCAGAGGGCAGAGCACCGCACCAAGAGGAGGGUCUCAGAGAGGCCGAGACACUGGGCUGGAGACGGCUGCUCGAGGCAGGGGCUCCAAGGCCCCGACAUCGACAUCUAGAAAUAUGUCCAUUCUAGACGCUUUCAGAUCUGCUCGACAGCAGCCUUCCAGAAACAUUGCCACGAAGAAUUACUCAGAGACUAUUGAGGUGGAUGAAUCUGAUGAAGAUGACAUUUUUCCUACCAGUUCCAAGGCUGAUCAAAGGUGGCCAGGCACAACAUCUAGCAAACGGAUGUCCCAGAGCCAGACAGCCAAGGGGGUUGACUUUGACUCAGAUGAGGACGAUGACGAUGACGACCCUUUCAUGAGCAAUAGUUCUCUAAGAAGAAACCGAAGAUAAUGUUUUUAAUGGAACCUGAUUUUCAUGAUACAGGCAGCAAUUGAAGCACCGCCUGCCGACUCUACAGCUGAAGAUGUUUUAACUGUGUUGUUAGCUAAGGAGUCUGAAAAGUCUGCCCACAGGGAUGCUAGUGUAUAGGGUUAUACUUCAUUGUUUCCAAACGGGACUCCAUUAAGCCAUUUCCUAGCCCAGUGGUAAGGAGAUUGCUGCUUCUCCUUAGUCUUUAAUCUGGUUGUUGGCACUCUCUGGGGAUGCUCUGCCAUAUUGAGAAUGUUAACUUCCUGACAUAACUGUGUUUCCAGCUUGUCAGAGCUUUGCUAAAAGGCCAUUCUUGAGUGAGGAUUAGAGAAAAACCUUCUUUUCUUCAUUUCUGCUUCAGGAUCAAAGACUGUCAGCCUGUUGUGCCACAGCUAGCAGAGUUGACGGGAAAGCUCGCAGACCUGGCCCCUUCAUGUUGUAAUUAUUUCCUGGAUCUCCAAAAAGCCAGGCCCUUCUGUAGAGCGGCCUGAGCCCAUGUUGGUCAUCGUAUGUGGAUUUCAGAACUAGAGGAUCAGCCACUGAGAAUGGGGGCUAGAAGGGCCUUGUAUUUCAAUAGUUAGUUUAAGGUUUUUGUUAAGUACAUGUUUUUCUAUUCACACUGUAGCAGAGAUUUGGGUUAUGUUCCCAUUGAGUGGUAGUCAUUUUGUUGAUCUGUAUCAUUAAUGACACACUUUUUCUUUCUCUCUCAUAUACCUGUCAGGUGGAAAAGUAUUAGAGAAUUUUUCUGUCUUAAAAAUAUUGAAAAGCUUAAUUUAAGCAAAGCAGCCAGCUGACCUUUGUGGUUGGGUCAGACUGACAUACUGAAAUACAGCUACCUGGUAUGAAUGCCAAGCUUCCUCACCAGCAAUACUUUAUCAUGGUUUUGGCUGUUACAAAAUAUCUCUGAAUAGACAUCUGAAAACUGACUGAAACAGCUUAUAUCAAGUUUAUAUUUUCAUAUUUGUUUUAGAAAGGGAAUAAAAAUGUUACCCCCUUCAGAGUUGAGUUAAAUAAUCUCAUUCACUCUUCCAUACUCUAAAGACCUCUGCUGGUCCUUUUCAUUCUUUGAGUCAGAUAUGUUCACUCCUUGAGAAAAUGUGGAUCCUGCUGACAGAGCAGCGUGACGUUCUACAUAGACACUAGUGCCUGGACUCGACAGUGUUCAUGACCAUCGAAAUAAUCCUGUCUGGAGCUCACCGAGUAUUGGAGCCCAGCACCUAACAGCAGUGCCUCUGUACCACAAUGUCUUGGAAGUGGUCUGAGUCAGAACUGGAACCCAACACUAAUGGGCUGCUUAGAACAUGCUCUGUAACUGAUGUGAGCACAGGAUUAUCAGCCAGGAGCAUUGACAGCCGAAGGCCUGGUCCUGUGACUUCCCUCAGACAGUCCUCCCACAUCUUUAUCCCUUUAAAUACAAAGUAUUCCCAGGUUUGAAUGGAAUGGACCUGGAGUGUGGGGCUCUGGGGUGGAGGCUAGUGGAGAGGUGGUGGUACUCCCUGACACUGAGUUGUGGGCAGCAUCAGCUGGUGAUGUUCCUAGGUGAGUGACGGUGAGGACUUGGUCACUAAGCUCACUGACUGGCUCCUGGAAAGGUUAUCGAGACCUUUCCUCUAUUAAAAACCAUGGCUAGGGUAUAGAAUGAUACUGAUAGUUGCUAGGGGAAGUGAGCCCUGGCAAGAGGGAGCAUGGAAAUCUUUCAUGUAAGUAUGAAAACCCCACAUGUUCAGUUUGUCAGAUGGAAGGGUGUGACAUGCCGUACCUGAUGUCAGAAGUGAAGGCAGUUCAAAGGGCCCUGGGCAUUGUACAGUCAAGUAGCUGGCAGUGGGGCGUGGUGUCUCUCAUGGGGCAGCCCAGGCCACACUUCUCUCUGUCAGCUCCUGUGCAGCCUAGUGACUGCUUAAGUUCCCUUACCACAAGAUCUGUUUAGUUUCAAGUUUGUUAGAGCCUGUUUAAAAGGAAACAUUUCCCAUGCCACAGUCUUUAAAAUGCCCUCUACUUGUUCAUGUGUUUGAAGUGAUGGCGGCAGAUGCCUAACUCAGCUUGUUUUUCCAGAGUCAGGAAAUACAUAAAUAAGUAAGGCCAUAGCCAGUAGGGUGAGACUCACAGCUGCUUUUCUCUUGACUAGGACCCAGGAAAUGAGGGUGUGUAUUUUGCAUUAAGUGCUUUAGCCUGUCCCUCCUCCCUGAAGACCCCUGUGACUUCUUAUUUCAGUGUUCAUCUGGUAAGCUUUGCAUGGGUGCUUCAACUCCAGAUGAUAGUUUAUUAUUACUCUGCUUUUGUUAGGGAUGGAGCCCAGGGUCUACUGCAGACUCUACCACUGAGUUAUACUUUAGACCCCUAAAAUUCUUGAAAUAUUAAUUUUAUAGAAAGUUGGUGAGACUAAUGGACUUAAUCCAUCCCUCAUUUAAAUUUAAUUUAAAAUUUUUCCCAUUUUACUAUAUAUAUGUGAGUGUUACAGAUAAUAUCCAUACAUAGGUGCAUGUAUGACUGAUCUACCAAUAUAUCCAUGCAUAGGUGUGUGCAUGAGUUAACUACCAAUAUAUCCAUGCAUAGGUGUGUGUGUGAGUUAUCUACAGUUAUAUCCAUGCAUAGGUGUGUGUGUGUGUGUGUGAGAGAGAGAGUGAGUUAUCUACAGAUAUAGCCAUGCAUAGGCAUAUGUAUGAGUUAUCUACAUGUAUAUCAAUGUAUAGGUAUAUGUAUGAGUUAUCUACAGCUCUGUCCAUACAUAUAUGAUUUGUCUACAGACAUAUCCAGACGUCGAUGCAUGUAUGACUUACCUUUGAUCUUUGCAGAGUAGGUUGUAGGCCUCCACUUACUGUCCUCUCACCUGCAUAUUGCUGUUCUCAGGAAGCAAGGAUUUCUCUUGUGUAUAACCAUGGAAUAGUGGAUUUCAAAAGCAGUUGCUUCCAGAAAUUCCCUCAUAGCAUAUUUUUCUCUCUGGGGUUUAGUUUUACUUUUUGGCUAUGGAAGACGUUAAGAUACUUCUUAAAUUCUGAACCAUUGAAUACAUACCCAGAUCUGUACCCCUUUCUGCCGACCUAGUGUCGUUUACUAUCUCCAUUUUAAUUUUCCUCUCUAUAUUUUUUUUGCCAAAAUAAUUAGAAUUAUUUUAUCAUUUUCCCUUUGCUACACAAAAGGUUUUUGCUAUAACAGAGGCCUUUUUUAAAAAUCUAAGUAUUAUGCCCUGGAAAUUGCUUAAUAGCUUAUACAGAUCUUCCUCACUUUUGUAGCUUUGAAUAUACACUUGAAUUUAAACACCAGUAGUUUUUAUUAUCCUGGGUUCAUGCAUUAUGAUAGCUCUGAUUUUUAGAAAUGCUAUUGAUGUGUUAGUGUAUUCACAGUUUUUGAAGUUAUUUAUUUAGAGAAAGUUCUGAGAAUUUCAAUCCCUUAAUAAAAGUAAAUGCAGAUGUUGUUUUGUUUGGUAUUGCCAAGUUCCCAUUACAGAGGCUGCAGCAGCAGUGUGGCUGUGUGUGUCCCACACCUCCCAGUCUCUGGUGAUGCUCCUAGUUCUCAACCAGCAGUGCUAAACAGCUUCUCGGUGCAACCAUGUCUUGCAUUUCUUGUGAGUGAGCAUGCUGAAUGUGUCUGGGGCCAUUUCUGUUUCUCUUGGGGGAUUGCUCAGUCACGUAUUUUGCCCAUUUGGGGGAGAUCUUAGUUCCCAUUUGAUAGAAAAAUAUGUUGAUAUUGUUGAUAAUCGUAUGAUUUUAAUUUUUACUUAUUUUUUGAAAUGGCAGUAGUCCGAGAGCUUUUGAUGUUGUUUUUUAAUUUUCCCUCACAGAGUUUAUCAAUUCCGUGGGUAGAUCUUUUCACUGCUUUUAGUGAUUGUUUAUGGAAGUCCACCGCCUCACUGGACUCUAAAAGAGUGAAAGUGUCGCCAGGAUCAGCUUUGUCUCUGUUCAGGACUGAACCCUGGGCACUGUAUGCUAGGCAGCUGCUGAACCCCGGGCUGCACAUCUGCUCACUUUUAGAACUGACUGAUUUUUUUAGAUUACAGGUUAAGGUAUUUCAUCAUGGUAUUGUCAUACAUGUAGUGACACUUUGUUCUCAUUUGCUCUUUCCCACUGUGCCCCUUAAACAUUCCCCUAGUGAUCCCCCCUUCCCAGUUAGUUCCUUGAAGCCCUCUUAACACAGGCCUUCCUUUGCCCUAUCUCUCUUCCCCGAGGACUUCUUCCCUCCUCUGAUAUCCUUCCUCGUUUCUUGAUCUACACACACAUACACAUGUAUAUAUAAAUAUGCACAUGCACACACCUUUAAAUACAGCUCCCACAUGCAGGAGAAGAUGGCGUUGUCUUUCUGACCUAUUUCACUUAAUAGUGGUAUCCAGUUACAUCAGUUUUUCUAGAAAUGGCAUAAUCUCUUUUUUUCUUUACAACUGAAAAAAUUACAGUUGAUAAAAAUGUUUAUUAUCCAUUUAUCUGCUGAUGGACCCCUAGGCUAAUUUCAUUUCCUGGCUACUGUGACUAGUCCCAGUGAACAUGUCAGCAGUCUCUGGGAUAUAGCACAGCCAUGGAAUAGUUCAAUUGUAGUUUUUGAGAAUUCCCCCCUACUGACAGCUACAGCUCUGCACAGUUCACACUCCCCCAGCAGUGGAUGAGGGCUCCUCUUGCUCCACACACUACAGCUCUGCACAGUUCACACUCCCCCAGCAGUGGAUGAGGGCUCCUCUUGCUCCACACACUACAGCUCUGCACAGUUCACACUCCCCCAGCAGUGGAUGAGGGCUCCUCUUGCCCCACACACUACAGCUCUGCACAGUUCACACUCCCCCAGCAGUGGAUGAGGGCUCCUCUUGCUCCACACACUACAGCUCUGCACAGUUCACACUCCUGGCAGUGGAUGAAGACUCCUCUUUCCCCACACACUACAGCUCUGCACAGUUCACACUCCCCCAGCAGUGGAUGAGGGCUCCUCUUGCUCCACACACUACAGCUCUGCACAGUUCACACUCCCCCAGCAGUGGAUGAGGGCUCCUCUUGCUCCACACACGCACGGGCGUUUGUUGUUAUUUGUUCUCAGCUGUGCCCAUUGUGACUCGUUGAGAUAGAAUCAGAAAGCAGUUUUAGUUUGCAUUUCCAUGAUGGCUAAAGGUGCCAAACAAUUUUUAAGGUAUAUAUUGGCCAUUUCUGUUUCUUUUAGUUGAGAACUGGUUAUCCAUUCAUUAACCCAUUUAUUGACUGGCUGAUUUGGAAUUUUUUGUGUUUAAUUUUCACACUAUCUUAAAGAUAUCAACCCAUCAUUAACUGUCUCUUCAUUCUGGUGGUUGUUUUCUCUUAUGUAUAGCUUUUACAUUUUCUUAUAAUCACAUUUAUCAGUUCUUGGGAGCAUUUUCUAUGCUAUUAGAGUCCUUUUAGAAAGUCCUAGCCUAUUUCUGUAUGCACAGAGGUCCGAGGACAACUUUCAGGAGUUGGUUCUCUCCUACCAUGAGAGUCCUGGACAUUGAACUCAGGCUGUCAGGCUUGUUAUUUAGUGAUCCAACUCAGCAGCCCCUAAUAAUUUGUGUUUAAUGUAGUCAGGUUUAUUUUUUGUUCCUAUAUCUUUGCAAUUUAAUUUCAUAGUUGGAUUUUUGUCCAGUUUAUUAAUGACUAAUAUUCUUACAUCUGUUUUAGAAGACCAUCCCUACCAUAAAGGUGAUUCUUUUAUGUGCCUUCUGGGAGUCUAUCUAAAGUUUGCCUUUUACACUUCACUGUUUAACUAGGAAUUAAUUUUUAUGUGUGGUGUGAGGUAGAGAUCAUGUUUCAUUCAUUCCAUUCCACAGAGAUGAUUCACUGGCACCGUCUGUUGAGACGGCCACUCUUUCCUAUGAACCGCUGGGUUGCCUCCGUUAUUGAGUUCCUGUGUACACCAAUGUUUUUAAUCCUAUUUCUUCCUCAAGGCCUAUUUGAAAUGAAUUACAAUUAAUUAAUGUAGUUUUAUAAUGAGUGCUUAACUGAGAGACUACUCUUUGCUACUUUUGUUUUUCUUAAAAGCCACCUUGGGACUUCUAGGCUCUUUAGAUUUUCAAAUACAUUUAAUAAUUACAUGCACUACUGUGACCUAAUAAAGCGUUUUAACAAAA